GAAAACUAGUCGUGCACACAAAGCGCAAAAUGACCCGCGCCGGCUUCAAGAGUAAGGUUCUCGGUAAGGAGAAGAAGCAGGCUCUGCUCGAGUCUCGUCGUAAGGCCGCGGAGAGCCGCAAGAACCGCGAUGACAAACGUUGGAAGCGCGUGCUCGCGAAGAUGGACGAGGCGAAGCUGAAGAAGUACCACGGCGUCGGCAAUACGGCCCGAAAUUCGCGUGUUCGCGGUGUCACCCGUGCGUCUCUGUACAAGCGCACUGGCCGCAAGCCGGAUGCCGUGACCAUGGAGGCCACGAUCCACCUCUCGAAGCUCCUGAAGAAGAAGACCUUCGCGAAGCGCGCGCCGCUCGCGAUCAAGCGCAUCAAGACGUUCGUGGGCCGGUUGAUGAAGACUAAGGACAACCGCAUCGACGCCUCGUUGAAUACCUUUAUUUGGCAUAAGGGUGUGAAGGGGGUGCCCGGCCGCGCGAGGCUGAUGAUCCAGCGGAAGUCGGAGCUGAAAGAAGGCAGCAAGCGCAAGCACUUCUUCACCAUUAUCUCCCACGUGCCCGUCGCGAGCUUCAAGAACCUCACGACAAAGGUUGUGGAGCAAUAAAUGCACUAAGAUCGAUCCACAUUUUUUAAUGGAUUAGUUAUUUAUUUUAUUUCCUAAAAA